AUGGAACAUUUUACUUUUAUUUUAGCGUUGUUUGCUACCCUGUUUUGUUUGACAUAUUCUGUCGAAUUGACUUUUGAGUUACCUGACAAUGAACAUCAAUGUUUUUUCGAAUCAAUAGAGAAGGGUACUAAAAGCACAAUAGAAUUUCAGGUUAUUACUGGUGGUCACUAUGAUGUUGACAUGGAACUGACAGCACCAUCUGGACAAGUCCUAUAUAAAGAUGUUAAAAAACAAUAUGACAGUUUCACAUGGACAGCUGAUGCAUCUGGUAUUUACAAGUUCUGUUUUGGUAAUGAAUUCUCUACUUUCUCACACAAAGUAGUUUAUUUUGAUCUUCAAGUUGGUGAUGAAAAACCCCUGAUGGAAGGCAUGGAUUCCCAGGCUAAAGCCAUGACUCUGAUGGAAACCUCAGUUCAAAAUGUACACGAGGAUUUUAAAACAGCCAUAGAUUAUCAAACUCAUUUUCGUCUGCGAGAACUACAGGGCAGAUCUUUUGCUGAAGAUUUAAAUGAACGUGUAAUGUACUGGUCAAUAGGACAAUCAGUAGUCAUUGUUUUAAUCGGAAUUGGACAAGUUAUGGUUUUACAAAGUUUCUUUACAGACAAACAUAAAACACCAAGUGCUACGUGA